UUCCCCCUCGGGCUCCGAGGACCCCGUCCUGGCCCGACCGGUCUCGGCCUGCGACCUCCGCGAAGCCGUCGGUGCCACUCCCUGCCCAUGUGGGCCCCCGCGGGCUGCCCACGCCUGGGCCCAGGCUCCCCGCUCCGCUGGGCUUCCCCCUUGCCGGGGGUGGCGUUCUGAGCCGCCCGCUCCGUGCCCCUCUCUGCAGCUUCUCCUGCCACUCGGGGCCCCCGUUUCCCCUCCCGGCGGCGGGGGGCUGCCCCCGGGGGGCUGGCGGAGCUGGGCCGCGGGGGCCCCGGGGCCGGCGGUGCCGGGGUCAUCGGGAUGAUGCGGACGCAGUGUCUGCUGGGGCUGCGCACGUUCGUGGCCUUCGCCGCCAAGCUCUGGAGCUUCUUCAUUUACCUUUUGCGGAGGCAGAUCCGCACGCCCUUACUUCACCCUGGCUUUCCUGAUGCCCUGUCAGUCUGCCUGGCGGGUAGGGCUUUCCAGUGCUCUCUGUCUGGCCUUGGUACCUGGGUAAUUCAGUACCAAACUGUUCGAUAUGAUAUCCUUCCUUUAUCUCCUGUGUCCCGGAAUCGGCUGGGCCAGGUGAAGAGGAAGAUCCUGGUGCUGGAUCUGGAUGAAACGCUUAUCCACUCCCACCACGAUGGUGUCCUGAGGCCCACGGUUCGGCCUGGAACGCCUCCUGACUUCAUCCUCAAGGUGGUAAUAGAUAAACAUCCUGUCCGGUUUUUUGUACAUAAAAGGCCCCAUGUGGAUUUCUUCUUAGAAGUGGUGAGCCAGUGGUAUGAGCUGGUGGUAUUCACAGCAAGCAUGGAGAUUUAUGGCUCUGCUGUGGCAGACAAACUGGACAACAGCAGAAGCAUUCUCAAGAGGAGAUACUACAGACAGCACUGCACUUUGGAGUUGGGCAGUUACAUCAAGGACCUCUCUGUGGUCCACAGUGACCUCUCCAGCAUUGUGAUCCUGGAUAACUCCCCAGGGGCUUACAGAAGCCAUCCAGACAAUGCCAUCCCCAUCAAGUCCUGGUUCAGUGAUCCCAGUGACACAGCCCUUCUCAACCUGCUCCCGAUGUUAGAUGCCCUCAGGUUCACCGCUGACGUUCGUUCUGUGCUGAGCCGAAAUCUUCACCAACACAGGCUCUGGUGACAGCUGCUCCCCCUCCACCUGAGUUGGGGUGGAGGGGAAAGGGAGGGUGAGCCCUCGGAUGCUGUCUGAUUCCCUGUCCAAUGGUGAGGACUGCCUGGGCAGGGUCUGCCCUUCCCACCCCUCUCUGCCCUGAGAGCCCUGCACUCCACUUGGAGUCUGGAUGGAUGCGUGGGCUGGACUCUGAAGCAGCCUCACCCUAACUUCGUGUUCACGCUCCCUGGAAACCCCAGACUGGGACACAAGCCAAGGCCUAGGAGAGCCGAAAAGAAACUGUGGAAAUGCAGAACUGGCCAGAGUGAGCAACAGGCCGAUCCGGGAAGCUCAAAGAGAAGCCAAGCCAGCUUUGUUGUGAUUUGAUUUUUUUAAAAACUCUUGUAUAAAACUGAUUUAAUUCUUCACUCCUGCUCAAGGGCUGGGCUGUGGGUGGGAGACUGGGGUUUUGGGCUACUGGGUUUUUCCCAAACUUGUCCCCCUUUCUUUCCCUCUAUUUUUCUCUUUUCUUAGAUUCCCUUAAACCUGUAACCAACUCUCUUUUUCUUCUUUCUUUUCUUUUAAACCAUGCAUUAUAACUUUGAAA